AUGGCUUUCCUCGGAGCUGUUCUCCCGAGGAACCCCGUUAAAUAUCUCCUUGCCGCCUUCAUCUUUCAGACCCUCUACAUCCUAUUCUUUCACCAUUAUACCAGGGAACAGGCUCGGGUACAACGCACGACACUAACGAAACACUACUCUCUGGGGGAAACCUUCGCGCACAAUAUAAGCAUCGAGGAUCAUGGCCUCAUGAGUAUCAAAAUAGCCGCCCUGUCCGACCUGGCGGAGCACUAUCUCCAGCAUCCCUCCCUGAAUGUCCACGAAAUCAGCGACGUCGUUUCGGAGCUGUUCCCUUGGUGGGACCCAUCAACAUUGGAAUACUAUCCUUGGAAGAAGUCACAAUCAUGGAAGUCAAACAUAUUUGCCAGUAUGAAGUCAUCCAAAUCAAGCACGGGGAUUGUCAUGAGCGUCAUGGAUUCAUUUGCUAAGGAAGCCGCACAUCUGAUCGGCUUUCUUCGGAAUGUCCACAGGUGCCAGCUACCAAUAGCUAUUGCCUACGUUGGAGAUGCGGAUCUCAAGCCCCAGACUCGAGAGUUCUUGAUGAAACAGGGUGAUGAUAUCAUUUUUAUCGACCUUGCAAACAUCUUCGAUCAGCAUCUCGUUCACCUGGAAGGAUACGCAAUCAAACCGUUUGCGCUGCUAGCUAGUCCCUAUCCACGAACGAUUCUAAUGGACGCCGACGCUGUCUUCUUCUCAAACCCGGAUAAGUUGUUCGAUGAGUACCCGGGCCUACGGGAUACAGGAGCAUUAUUCUUCCACGAUAGAAAUAUCAAUUCGGAAACCGACCGACAUGACUGGCUCGGACGCCAGCUGGAAGCGGCCGGUCGAUACCCUUCCGCCUACUUGAAUGAGAGCUCCCUCUUCUAUCGACGUUACUCCAGCGAAGAAGUCGAUGCCGCCGUCGUUUGUAUCGAUAAGUCUAGAAUUGGACUAUAUAUGGCUGUGUUAUUCACGUGCUGGAUGAACACCAAGGAAGUGCGAGACGCGUCAACAUUCAAGAUCUGGCACGGUGACAAAGAGUCGUACUGGCUGUCCACCGAGUUAAUAGGUGUACCUUAUUCCUUUGAGCCUUGGUACGCGGCACGGAUGUCUCAGUCGCAGGAAACUGGAAUUCAAUUAUUUCUCGAUGACGACGAUGAAUGGAAGAAGCAGCACCCCGGACCGCUGAAAGAACCGCAGAACGCGUUUAACCACACGGGAAGCCCUCCCCCGGAGCGCAGCUCUUGCACAUUACAUAUGGCUCACUCGGAUGCCUGGGGUGUCGAGCCCCUGUGGGCCAACGGUGCACUGUGGUACGACAAAGGAAACAAGCAACAUGGUAUCAGUAAUUGGACACACUGGUAUCUUGGCGAACCAGUCCAUGCUGUUCUGGGUGCAUAUUCCGAUCACAACUCGGACGGGUCUGGAGAUGACAAGGAUGACACGGCAAAGGAACAACAGGAACUGGAACGGAAAAUACUGGCCACCCAGCCCGAGUGGUUAUUCAUGGAUUGGCCCCUCGAUUACAAGACAUGUUUCAAGCGCGAUUUGCCUCGAUGGAGGCAAUUGUCUGUUGAUUUCCGGAAUAGGCUGGAGAGAAUGAUGUACGAAGUUAGGAGGGUUGAGAUGGAGUAUGAGACAGAACUCCAAGUAUAG